AGCUUCUGAUCUCCAAGUGGGGCCAAGGGAAGGAAGUUUGCCUCUUCUUCGUCCCUUCUGCGUAGUGCCGCCUCCUUCCUUCCUUCCCCUUUCUGCUGCAGCCAGAAGCCGGGCCUCGGCGCUGGUCUCUACCCCACAGCCUGUCCCCUGGCCGGCUGGCUUCGGCACAGAGAGAGAUGUGAGGUGUGGGCUUCUGGUCCCAAGUCCCCCACCCUACUCUGUGCCCGUUGGGGGCUCUUGCCCGGCACAGAAGCAGGAAACACAGAAGCACCAGAAAGAGGACGAAUCCAGGAGUCAGCUGAGGGGAGUAUCCUCUGGAUCAAAGUCUGAAAUGAGGCAGGAAAAGCCGCCGUGGUGUGCUAGGGCUUCGCUGGGGAAGAAGGGCUCAUGGCAGGCCACACUCUUCAAAGCCUCCAUCCUGAGUUGCUGCUUCCUCUGGACUCAAGCCCAGGCCAAGACUGGAAUACCUAUCAAAGUUGAACCAGAAAUACUGCAAGAAGGACAGAGUGUCACAUUAACACCAGGAGAUAUUGAUGUGACCACACUUCGUAGCUGCAAAUGGUACCGAGGGUCAAGUGCUGACGGAAAUCGAAUCUUCACCUAUUUCCUAGCUCCGGUGAUUUCACAGAAAAACGGAUCUGCCUUCACUGACAGGGAGACUGGGAGAAGAGACUGUUCCCUUCGUAUCACAGAUUUAACACCAAGCGACUCUGGAACCUAUACACUGGAACCAGAAGGACCUCUGGAACACAGAAUAGGGGCUAUCAAUAUAACUGUCCCAGAUUCUGCUCUGCUGGAAGCAGGAGUCGUUUCUCGGAUUGUCGUUGGGUCUCUGGUUGCACUGACGUUGUUUGGAUCACUGCUUUGUGUCUUAUUCUGGGCCUGUCGGCUGAGAUUUAAGACUUCUGCCCGAGUUGUAUCUGCACCUCCUUUACCUGACGAUGUUCCGUUUUCUGGACAGGUCAAGUCUGACAGCUCCUCUGAUCCCAACCGCAUGUACCAGGCCCUCCAACAGAGAGACCAGCCAAUGUGCAACCAGCCGAAGUGGUAAUGCAUGAACUCACCAAUGUCCAUUUUACUUCUGAAUUGGAGCUUCAAUGGAAGGGCACACCAUGGAAGUCUAAAGUACAGCCCCCUGGUUCUCUGGUUAAAGGGAUCUUGUGGAAGGGCAAAGGAAGAAAUGCCUGAGACCUUGGAGAUCCAGUUGGAAUAAAAGUUCUGAGCUAGCUCUGAAUCUGCCUGAAGUACCGUACCUUCCGAUGCCCUACUCUAGGAAGCUCUCCCCGUAAUGGCCAUUAAAUUCAUCAAAAUGUUACUUGUGUGGCCAGUGACUGAGUCUGCAAAAAUAGCUCAUGGCAUCCUUUGCCAACCAGGUACCCGGCAGAUGUUUUUGAUUACAACCCCAUCAGAUCCAGCCAACCUCUGGGGAGCACCUGUUUCUGGAUUAAAGAAACAGAAAACCAUAUUCCAUUUUUUGCUAUGGACGGAGCUGGUCCAAAAGAAUUGGUUGCCCGAGGCAACAAGAGUAGUUGAGCAUUUCUUUUUGGCAAAGUUGUUGAGCUUGCAAAAGUUCUUCCUUCUUGGCAGCAAUAAGUAAUUAGCAAUUUGUUAUACUUUCAAAUCAGCUGCCCGAGGCUGCUAUCUCACUCUGCCCAAUGGAAGGGCCAGCCCUGGCUAAUGGGCCAACUGCCUCCUUUCUUGGUGGUGUAAGAACAUGCCCCAGGGUCAAGGUAAAGGACCCCUGGAUGGUUUGUCCAGUCAAAGGCAACUAUGGGGUUGUGGCACUC